AUGCCGGCACGGAGAAGCGCGAGACUAAAGGCAAAGGCCGAUGAGCCUGCCUCUUCUGAGAAACAAACCCAAGAACCCAAGAAAAUACCUAAACGGAAGGCUCCAGUUUCCAACCAUGACAAACCUAUCAAAAAAGCGCCGAAGACCAAAUCUUUGGAUGAAAAGUCCGACGACAAGUCUCCUGGCCGACAGUCAAAACCAAAGGCCAGAGCUGGAAUGAGAAAGGCUAGCAAUUCGUCUGUCCAGACAUCCGCCAAUACUUCCAAUAGCCCAUUUUCGUCAUUACCCCCAGAAGUCUUUAAUCUGGUCAUAGAGAAGAUCGAAGACACAAAGUCUCUAGGCAAUCUUAGCAAAACUAGCAAGGCCUUUCAUAGCCUCGUCACACCUCAACUCUUCAAGCGUGUAGAGGGUUCCGUAUCGUUUCAUGCUCAUAUUGCCAAGCUCAUCCGCACCAUUGAGCCACUUCUCACGAUCAAGCAGAGGAAACAGCUGAAGAAAGAAGGCCAGUACAAGGGCCAACAAGAGAGUUUCCCCAACAACUCAGACGACAACGAGAGACCUGAGAUCGCAGAUUGUGUCCGACAGGCCCUCUUCGACAUUGGUGAUCCGGGCAAGAAGCAUAGAUAUAUCGUUUUUCGCUAUAUUGAGGAACUUUUGGAGAUUACAGACAAUUUGGAAGUCUUUGCAGCCACGGAUCUUACAGAGCCAAUGGCAACGAAAUUAGCUGUCAAAAAGAACCUUCAGGCUCUUUGGCUACAUACCUCCUGGAAAAACAACUCAGCGGCAGAAGCACUAGCUGCAACUAAAGGCUUAAAGCACCUUCACUUGUUCACAUCCAAUUGGUUUGGCACUGCUGGCCCUCCCUUGGAGCUUAUCUGGAACUCACGUUCCACAUUACGGAGUUUGGACCUUGAUCGCUCUUAUUUUGACUCCUUGUAUAACGAGGUGGUGGACAAAUCAAACGACAAGACUGAAUCUUCAAACCUACAGCACGACCUAAUCGCUUUGAGGUCAUUUUCUAUCAAGAGUGCAACUAUUAACACUGAUGAAGUGGAUUCUCUGUCUAGGGCUAUUGAUUUCUCCGCAUUGGAAAAUCUCAAGUUUGGCUACAAGAAUGUCAAGAUUGGUUUGCUCUUCCGGCGCCUAAUCGAAAUAUUUUCUGCUGUAACGAGUACCGACAUAAAACUCCGGAGCCUUUCUCUGAAUCUGGGUUCCCAAGCCUCUUCCAAUCUGACCAGGAUGGCGGCAAACCCCGAAGAAGAGGACCCUGGUAUAGAUUUCAUUUCUUCUUUUAACACGUUGACGAGUCUCACCGUUGUUGAUGCCGGGAUUCAUUCCUUGGACUUACCUAAUCCGGGUUUGAAGGAUACACUCUUACAAGGCCUUUUUAUGCAUACAAAUUUGACCACGCUGGAGUUCAGAGAUUCAAUCUCUAUCCCUGGAUGGAAGAUGCCAUGUCUGGAUACUCAGAUGGUGAAACGUUUCAUCGAGAACUUCCCUCAACUGAAGCAUUUCCACUUUUAUCCAGAACGAAAACAACUUAGCGAGAUCGCCGAGGCUCUUUCACGAGGCCGCAAUUUGGAGUCGAUUGGAAUAAAUACACGUGGGAGCACCACUAAAGACGAAGAGGAGGGUCCUGAAUUUCUCCGCCAACUAGUCCUUCCAAUUCUGAAUCGUGACUCGGAUGACAACAAGGGAGACUAUCAAUGGGGAGAAUACAGUAAGUUCAAUCGAUUGACAAUGGGCGUUUCAGUAUGGGAAGUUGGUUCGAAACUUGGGAAGGCGAAGAAGGGGAUAAAGAAAGCCCAGAAAAUCACUUCAGCGUCGAAUUCGAAAAGAACAGUCAUGUAUCGAGCGAUUACACGCCCCGUGUACAUGUGGCUUAGGGGAGAUCUGAAUGAAAUGGAGGAAUGGGUAAAUAAGAUUGCUAAGGAUCUUGAUUAG